AUGUCACUGAACGCCUGGGACUGGGAGGAUGAGGACACGAUGAGCAUGGGGCUCGUGUCCUCCAUGGGCAGCUUUUGCCCGUCCGUGAGCGAGUGUGAUGUGGAGGACUACCUGAAGGUCCGGGCCCAGGCCCAGGAGUCAGAUUCUGACCAGCAUUACAGCAGCAUCGAGUCCUCAGACGGGGCCACCAGCACAUUCAUCUCCGACAUGCCUCAGGUGGUCCCCUGCAAAUUCAUCAUCUCACUGGCCUUCCCAGCGAAUGUCGGUCAUAAAGGAAAGUUUAUAAAUUUGGUCGAAAAAUAUAGGAAACACCUUAAAAUGGACAAACCUGUUGGAAAGGGCCACCAUUUUUACCACCUUGAGUAUUUCCUUCUGCCUGAUGAUAAAGAGCCUAAGAAAGUCGACCUGGUGGUGCUUCCAACAAUCGUCAAAGUGUUCCUGGAUUCGGGACUAAAGACGGUGAAGCCAUGGCAUGAAGGGGACAAAGUCUGGGUGUCAUGGAGCCAAGUUUUUAACAUCAACAUGACGAAAGAAUUACUCAAGAAAUUAAAUUUUUACAAAAUAACCUUGAGGCUCUGGGACACUGCAGACAAGGUUUCGAAAAAAGUCAGGCAUCAUCGAUUAAAAGCUGACGGGCAUUCAGAAGAUGCAGAAUCGUUGGGUAAGUCAGAGGAAGUGAAACAUCUGGUUUUAAAUCAGAGAAGGUUGUCUGAACAAAGCGUUCACACCCAAGAGGACUGGAACCAGCAGGAUAGCUCAGGAAAACCAGAAAAAGCAGAGAAACCCUUGAAGUCCCUGCAUGGGUCUCACUCAGCAGAGCUGGAAACUUCUUCCAGGAGUACCAAGGAAGAUGAAAAGCUCCUCAGAACGGAAGACCCUGCCACAAUUGGAGUAGCAGUUAAAUGGAAAGAAUCAGACAGGGAAAAGAAAAACCAUAGAAGAAGGAAGAAAUAUUCGGCAGAAGAGGACACAGAAGACCACCGAAGGCGGGGCCGAGGCUUCUCCAUCCAGCUGGCGGUGAUGCCGCUCCUCGCAGGAUGCCAGACUGUUGUGAGUCGAAGCAGCGAAAGGUCUGCCAACAUUCUAGAUUGUAUUUUGACUUUAAAACCAGAAGGUCCUAUCAUGACAGAGGAGCAAAAGCAGGACUUAAACCCCCUGAUCAUAAAGAUCAAAAAAGCUUCCUGCCUCCCAUCGCAACCCGUGCCCUUCCAUGAACUAGAGAGGCUCUGCACCCCCGUGUACUGCAGGUACCAGUUUCACAAGACUCCGGUUCACCAGACUGAGGGGCAGCCUCAUGGAAGCCAUGUCUCCUUCCAGGACAUCAAUGUCAUCUUCCUUGGGGCAAUGCAUCCCAAUGACCUGAGGGAAUACCUGGAGGGCCCUCCUAUGGUGGUAGAAGUUCAUGACCGGGACCGAAAGUCAGAGGAGUAUUCCCGGAAGCCCACUCUGUUUGGGGAGGACCCUCUGGAUUCAUACAUUAACUUUCAGGCUCUCAUCUCUCCCAAAGAGACAAAGAACAAUCCCUUUGAAUCCCAAAACAAGAUGUGGGACCCUUACGGAGUCGCCCAGGUCAGCUUUGCUGACCUCCUCCUCGGCCACAAGUACUUGAACUUGGCUGUCCCCAUCCACAGCUGUGAGCCCAAGCACAUACACCAGGGCCAGGACAGCAGAAGCAGGAAGGUCAUGGGGUUUAGUGUCCCUACAGAUGCCCUCCAUCACGGCCCAAUGCCCAUGGGCAACUACCUAGAGGCCAACUCCCUGCUCAAGCUGCGAGUGGACAUCACGGUGCCCCUCCGGGCCGUGGCAGAAGCUGCCAAUCCAGACCUCGCAGGCACCCAGUUUGGCCGCAUCAUUUUCGUAUUUGACUCCAGGAAGGCCUUCCUCCUGUACAGCCUGCUGCAGGACAUCACCCUGAUCAAUGCCAAAGCCCUCGAUCUGGACUCCUGCCCUAUGUUGAGCAUCCAGCAGAUCCUGUCAGCCUUCAAGGUGCGGGCGAAGAUCCAGGAGAGGCAGGACCUGGAUGUGCUCACCGGCUUCCAUCUGCUGGAUGGGAAAGUCCACCUCCUCAUUGUGGAAGGCGUGGCUGACCAAGGCUUGAAGCGGCUGUGGGAGAGCCACCAAAGCCGAAUUACCAAAUCGGAGCACGGGAAACACAAGGUGCUCUACAACUCGCAGCUGCUGUUUCAGCACCGCCUCUACGCAGACCUGGAGACCAUCCUGUACCACGUGCACCUCUUCAAGCCAGUGCCGCAGCUCAUGAAGCACCUGGCGCUCUACCUCCGCAACACCAUGAUGCAGAAGGCCUUCCAGGCCCUGACCAGGAUCUUCUACAUCUGCCAUUACAGCGCCAGCCUCAGGGAGGUGGUCACGAGAGACCUGCUGCCUUCCUCUGCCAUGAUCAAACACUUGAGCCACGAGUUUGGGUUGCCCUUUUCACCAGAAGAACUCACAGACAGAACAUUUAUGGCCGUCCCACAUCAUCCCGCCCCCAAUCUUGAGGACUUUCGAAGCCGGCAUUCCACCCUCACUUAUGAAAUCCUUGCCCACCAGGAGAAGUACCUGCAGUGGCGGAACACUGUGCUGUUGAAGAAUAAAGGCCAGAAGCGCAGUCUGAUCCAGAAAAAUAUCAUGGAAGUCUCCCAGGUUGGCAAGAAGACGCCAGAGUCUGCAGUGAAGGUGAUUAGAAGUUCAGUCCCUAUGAAAGAUGCCGUCUAUAACUACAGUAUUCAGACUCUGAAUUCCACAGAGUUUGCCAAGAGGGAGCUGUAUCGCCAGAUGGCCAAGGAACCGGGCAGAAGAUUCACAUACUCACAGAAUUACCUCUCAGCCAUGGUGGAGCCCCAGGAUUCCCAGGAAGAGGGAAAAAAAGCCAAGAAGAAAUCCCACCAGGCCUGGCUCACAGCCGAUGGAUUCCAAGUGGCAGGUCUUCACAAGAGCACCGAAAGUGACCACCUCAAGCUGCUGCCCAUUGGCGCCACCACAGAGCCGACUGAGGAGUGGAGGGAAAAUGCACUGUUUGCCAAUGUGCUGCAGCCUGUGCUGGAUCGAGACAGGUGGAGCUGGGACCGGCGCCAUCAGGACUUUGAUCUGUACAAGAAGCCACCGCCUUUCUUCAAGCUGCCCCCAGCUCUGUCACUGAACCCCGUAACAGUUUAUGGCUUCUACUCGGAAGGAAAAGAGUGA